UCUUCAACGAUGGCAUUAAAAAGGACCUGUUCUGCCUGGACGGCACCAUCCCGGUGAACUACAAAGGCUGGAAAAGACGGUGCCUUGUGCCCGGAGCAGUGCCAUCGCAGAACCUUCCUGUCCGGCCCUUGGACCGUCCAAAACAGACCGUGCUUUGCCGGAAUCGGGAGAUGGAGAUAAGCUCGCAUCUGAUUUCCUUUGGGUUGCUUAACUUGUGGGAGGUUAUGCGUAAUGUGAAAUGCGGAACCUGACGAUUUGCUAGCCUUUGUGAAGUUCUCGGUGUGAUUUCAAUACGUGAAGUUUUUAUUGCGAGAGCAAUCAUAUAUGGACACUCCAAGCGCAUUUAAGUCACCGCCAUCACCGUGAAGUUCCGUAUAAAGUCAAAGGGCGAUAACACCGUUGCAGCACAAAAUUAUGCAGAAUUCCUGCUGUUUGCAGCGCAAGGGCAGCGAGAGUGAAUUUCCCCUUGUGCUGUUCCUUUAGGCUGCAUAUUAGAACGUGGUCAGCCUCACACACUGCCUCUCAUUCUGUUAGCAACCUUGAUGCACUGAACUGCUGGUCAACGGAUUGGUUGAUGCUAGAGACCGGCAGAGUCACUGAAAACGAAAUAUGGCGAUCGUAAUUAGAGUCGAGCAAGUGAUGCACACUGGGCUUGCAGUGUGCUCACUUGAUAUCACACCAGUGAAAAUACCCUGCGCAGAGAAGCGCAAAUUGUGGAAGCAUGGGUUGAGGACACAAAAGUAUAAUCGGUUGAAGUUCCACUUAUUAAAUUAUAUCGGUGAUAAAUGAUCGUCCCGCGAUAAUUCUGGUGAAAAUGGCACGCCGCACCCGCCACGACGAAUGCUGUGAACAGUACUGUUAUCGCGCCAAGAGUGUUGCCGUGAAUCAUGCACGGCAAUCAAUUGACGCAAAUCGAAAUCUUACCUUUCGGCCGCGCACCGUGCACGCAAAAGCCAGAAAUAGGUGCAGGCUAUCACGCUUGCCUUAGUAAACAUAAAUCUACACUAGAUGUGUGUGUGCUUCGAGUUGUAGAUUACUGGGUAAAUUUCAUAACAGCUCCCAUAUACACGAGUGGCCUCUUCAUGUUCGUCGUCCAUGGCGCCACAUGCACACGCUCCGACGAGAGUGAACGAUGCCGUACGUUGGCUCGCUAAACAAAAACCUUUGUUGGCCUUCACACUAGGUUGUUUUGAAGCUAAGACGCACACAUUCAACGCUUGCAACAUGACAAUAUUGGUGGCUGAACGGGCUAAGCCACUGAAGACGUCGAACACUUCACAAUCGGUAUCAUGUGAUGAUAUUUUUUACGUCACAGAGAGAUUCCGGCAGACGGCGCCGCGCUAUGUCCUCGACGGCACUACGCUUUGAAAAGAAGAAUGCAAAAAGAAAGUAAUCUAAACGGUGCAAAACACAUGUGCGUGGAUAGUGACCACUUUUUCACUGCUCCAACGGCACAUUUAGUAGGUGGGGGAACCAUUCGUAGGCAGUGGCAAGAAUCUCCUGUUCAUCCACAUAAUUGUCAUUUCCCAAGUCUACGAAGGAGAACACAUCACUUUCUGUUUCCGAGCAAAGCUGUGCAGAACUGUGCAUGGACAAGUGUGGCAAUCAAAAGUCAAAAGUCGCAACCGAUCAUCCGUUUGCUGUCAUCGUCAUCAUCAGCCUGGUUAUGCCCACUGCAGGGCAAAGGCCUCUCCCAUACUUCUCCAACUACCCCGGUCAUGUACUAAUUGUGGCCAUGUUGUCCCUGCAAACUUCUUAAUCUCAUCCGCCCACCUAACUUUCUGCCGCCCCCUGCUAUGCUUCCCUUCCCUUGGACAGGUUUGCUGUGUGAGGAAAUUUUGUUCAUGAUGACUAUACUUGUCAGCGGUAGAGAAAGGGUUGUUGUUUAUUGGUAAACAUAGACUACACUAUAUUCUAAAGGAGGGUGUAUUCGGUCGUUUCAAGAACACUUACUGAACCAGUAACAUCCAAGUUCUUUCACUCACCCAUUCUCGUGAAGAGCUCACUGCUGCUGAAGAUAAUAGCGGGCCUUGGUUUGCCACCAAAUCUCCCAGCCCAAGAACGCAGAACUAGCAUUCUAUUUGGAGAAUAGUAUAUUGACGAUGCAUUUCACAACAAGGCACAUUUACAGGAGAUGUUUACACGAGUCGUUUGGGAUCUGCCCUGCAAAGUGCAUGUAAGUGCCACAUUUAGGUGCACAGGGUAUUUCUCUGGUGAGCCGUAUCACCCUUUGUACCUACUUGCUUCUUUUUGGGCUCUUGGGGAUCAGUGGCUUGAGGUUGGUCACUGUGGUCAGUCUCCCGGUGUGUGCAGGCACGACGUACAACAUCCCGAUCUGCAUCUGGCUGCUGGACACGCACCCGUACAACUCGCCCAUGUGCUAUGUCAAGCCCACUAGCUACAUGCAGAUAAAGGUGUCCAGGCACGUCGACCAGACUGGUCGCGUCUUCCUGCCCUACCUGCAUGAGUGGAACCCGAGCUCGUCAGACCUGCUGGGCCUCAUCCAGGUGAUGAUCAUCGUAUUUGGCGAGACACCACCCGUCUUCUCAAAACCCCAGGAGGAUGGUUCGCCUGCCUACCUUGGAGCCAGGAACACGGCCGCAGGCGGAGGCUUCUUCCGUCCCACGACGGGGGUGAUGCCACCGGCCGUGGGGGGCCAGCCUCCGUACCCAACAUCGGGGACGGCCAUGCCUCCUUAUCCCCCAGGAGGAGCCACCAGCAUGCCUGCACCAUGGACGCCGUACCCAGCACCAGCCAGUGGCGCUGCAUCAGCCUCGUCGAACACGGUGGGCGGAGGCGGAGGCGGUAUGCCCACGUACCCCAUCUUCCCCCCGGUGGCAUCUGGGGCAGCACCGUACCCACCCUACCCAACGUCAGGCCCCACCACGGCCAACACAGGAUACCCAUACCCACCAGCCAGCACUCAGACAAGCACGUCUGUUGGUGCGGCCAGUGUCUCCCAGACCGGCACCAUCACCCAGGAGCACAUCCGGGCCUCUCUGCUCACGGCCGUCGAGGAGAAGGUCAAGGCCCGUCUCAAGGAGGCCCUCUCUGGAGCUCAGGCGGAGAUGGACGUACUGAAGCGCACUCACGAUGAGCUGACGCAGGGCAAGACGAAGCUGGACGACAUGAUCAACCGCAUGGACAGAGAACAGGCGGAGCUGGAGGCAAACCUUCAGAACCUCCGUGAGCGCAAUGAAGAGCUGAAGGAGCUCAUCCGCAAAGUGGAGAAUCAAGGAAGCAUCAACGUUGACGAAGCGGUCAUCACCACUGCACCUCUUUACAAGCAGCUUGUCAAUGCCUUUGCAGAGGAGAAUGCCACGGAGGAUGCAAUCUACUACUUGGGCGAGGCACUUCGCAAGGGUGUCAUUGAUCUGGAUGUGUUCCUGAAGCACAUUCGAGAGCUGUCAAGAAAGCAGUUCCUCCUGCGAGCCCUGAUGCAAAAGUGCCGUGAAAAGGCCCAACUUCCAUAAGUCAACAAUUGCCCCCGACGGUCUCGCAACUUGAAGGCACGGAACGGGCAUCAAGUCUGGAGUCCUACAGCACAAAGGUGUCUGCGGCUGGAACAGCAUUGCAAGCAACGCCGUCAUGCCCGUGUGGACUGUACGAAGCACACUAGAGAAAAAUCUGGUGUUUGUGUCUACAUGUUACCCAUGUGGUUCUUCAGCCUUCAUGGAAAUUAUGGGCAGUGCAUGAAUUUGCAUAAACUUCAUCCAUGUGGUUUUCAAAUGACCUUGUGAGUUCUUGCGUCAUUUCUGAAGGUAAUUCUUUUAUUGCAGGUUGGCUGCAAUUAGUCUCAUUUAAGCUAUAAUUCUACUCUAUGGAUUUCAGGAGACUGUAGACGAAUAUAGUUGCUUUAGAUAUAUGAAAUAGUUGCACAUUGUGAGCCUUACUAACCACGCACAUUCCAGAUUUGGCAACAGCAUACUUGAAAGCAUUGUGGUACUGCUUAUCGUGGGAGUUACGCGGUGAAAUUAUUUAUUAAAGUUAAUUAUUCGUGAAUUUCAGCCGUUAACAAUUUGAAGGAAAUAGUGCGAGGCUAGCACACUUGCCACUUGUGCCAAAGAGAACAGUAAACUGUGAUGCGCUUUCUUAAAGUAUCCAAUGCCAAAUUGUCAAAGAAUCUGUGUACUGUCCAUGAAUACUAUGGAGGCUUAAUGACUGCAGUGCCAUAUUUCCCUCUGGUAAUCUUAAAGCAUCUUCGACAAAUUGCACCAGUGCAACAGGGCACCCUGGUGUGCAGAUGAAGCCAUGGAGCUACAGGGCGCUCCAGUGAGUACCGGUGUGGUUUAUUGAGGAUGCUUUUAGUAUGAAACUUUGUGCCGUGGAUGAGCCGGCAUUUUGUCUUCUGCAAUGUGUCAUCUGCUCUGGAACUUCUGUGCAGUGAACAGUGCCACUAAUCAAAUUAGGGAGAACUGGCCCUGGAACCUUUGCAAAUAUCAGCACCUUUUUUCGUUGUUGUUUUGAUGUUAAGUUCCUUUCUUUACUUAGUGUUCAUGAAUAUCAUAGUCCUUGCUACUGAAGCAAAUCUGGAGUGAUUAAAAUGUAAGCCUUACAAUUACAGUUUUGUUUUACAUAGCACUGGAGGCAUAGAGUUUCUUACAAUAAUCCAUAGUGGACAAUCUGGCACCACAUCUGUGGCAUUAUGGGGCUGACACGACAUGGAUGGUUACAUCUUGUCCUCAAUGUGGAUUGGCGUAAAGCAUGAUAAUGGCUGGGGAAAUAAAGCUUUCUUUGAAUGAAA